AGAGGAAGAGGGAAGUGUAAAAAUCCCUUCUGCAACUUCAUGUACACCAACAGACAUAAGCCAAAAGUCUGUCCAAACUGUGGCAUCAAUCUCAAAGACAAAGUAGAAAAAGGACCAAAACCUUUGGAAGCAGCCAUCACUAUUACCUCUAGUAUGAGUGUACGAGAGCCUCUUACACAGUCACAGAAGGAGAUUCAGCGACACUCCACUCUCCAACUAAUUCGUAAAACUGUACAGAUACCUGAGAACGAGUGUGAGCUUUCAGACACCUUUACCCUCAUCCAAGAGCUUAAUAGUUCUCCUCUGGUUCUGUCUGAUGUCAGUGAUGGUACUGUGACCAUAGAACAAACCUCCUGGGCUAGUAUUUAUGAGUCGCCAGCCGACCAGUGUUUACUCUGCGGCACCCAGCUGUAUAAAGGAGACAAAAAUUCAAUGGCCUGUGCUCAGGAUUGCUGGCUUUUAACAGCUAAUCGCUUGCAGCUGGUGACUGCCCAGGUCAAGGUGUGUCUAAACUCUCAAUGUCUGGCAAUACACAGCUUUAACGACAUCUAUACAGGACUUUUCAAUGUGGGGAACAAACUGCUUGUGAGCUUAGAUCUCCUUUUCUCUAUUCGCAACCACAUUAAGGUGGGAGAAGACCCCAAAGUCUCUAUAAGCAACAUUGUGGAAUCAGUGCAGGGACAGACAGAGAAGUUGCUGAGCCCGGAAGAGCUGCUGGCAGUCCAGGAUUUUCUGAGCUGUGGAUACUGGGCAUUUGAAUGUCUCACUAUCCGAGACUAUAACGAUAUGAUCUGUGGAAUGUGCGGGGUAGCCCCAAAAGUGGAGAUAGCACAAAGGAAUGUGGAAAACACCUUAACACUGACCAACAUUGAGUUUACUUGGCCUGAAUUUCUCACCACCAAUGAGGUUAGCAUGGAGGAUUUCUGGUCCACACUGGAAACAGAAGUGUUGGAACAAGCUGCCUUCCCCUCCAGCAUCCCCAUCACCAAGUUUGAUGCUUCCAUCAUUUCUCCAUUUUUCCCACCUCUCAUGCGUGGCCCUGUAGUAGUGAACAGUGAAAGCUACAAGAACCUGGAAAUACAGAAGGUUGCAGGUAACGGCAGUGCUUUGGCCAGACUCCUCCAUGACGGCACCCUUAAGCUGGAUGACCUAAACACACUUAGCACUGAACAGCUGCGGAGGAUACUGACACUUUGUGGCAUUACUUGGAAUGUUACAGACACAAAGGACAGCAUGUGUUACUCCAUCCUGGCCCUUUCAGAGUUUGUACAGAAUGGGACACAGAUCAAGCAGCCUCUAUGUCAUUUAACUGGAGGGAAGGUUUACAAAAUUUGCCCACAUCAGGUGGUGUGCGGCUCAAAGUACAUUGUACGUGGGGAAAGUCCUCGGGAUCAUGUUGACCUUUUGGCCUCUUCACGUCAUUGGCCCCCUGUGUACAUAGUGGACAUGGCUACGCAAGCAGCUCUGUGUGCCGAUCUCUGCUACCGAAACCUGGCGAAGCAGAUGUGGGGAAAAAAUCAAGGAUGCUUCUCUGAUCCAUCAGAAUCUCCAAAGUAUGUUUCUUGUCCUGAGCUCCUUGACAGACAUUAUAACAUGGAUAUGAUGGGCAAUGAGCCUUCUAUUCAGCAUCCUGUGACCAAAUCGGCAUCCCGAAGAAUUGUCCAUGCUGUGGCGGAACAGAACGGAACUUCUGACCCCACCUCUCGUCAUCAUUCUUUGUCUCUUUGUCGUGAGCUGGAGCCAUACAGUGCCAUCAUCACAGCUAUUGGAGACAGUAAGACAAGCAAUAUCCGCCACAACUCCAUAAACUUUGAGAACGCCACGCAUUAUUACCUCUAUAACAGAUUGAUUGACUUUCUCACCAGUCGUGAAAUUGUGAACAGGCAAAUACAUGACAUUGUGCAGACCUGUCAGCCUGGGGAAGUGGUAAUCAGAGACACUCUGUACCGGCUUGGUGUGGCACAGAUCAAGACAGAGCUUGGAGAUGAGUUGGAGGAGGACAUUACAGUAGAUCAAACAAGCUCUGCAUGA